AGCUUUAAGUUAUUCGCUUGUUAGAGGGAUAGAUACCCAUGCUAUUUCAGUCAGUCAGUUUGUUUAGCCUGACGGACGUUGCUUUUAACUUUCGAGCAAAUCGUAAUCACUUUUACCCGGCUACCCAACAAUACGCACCAAACUGCCAAACAAAACGAGCCGACAAAUCGCGAAAUAACCGAGUAAUAUCAUUGAACGCAAACAAUAAUCAUGCACAAUUUGAUUAAGAGCCGUGCCCUCUUCGAGAUCUUAAAGAAGCCAUUGCCGCCAAACUAUUUUAAUGAUGAUGACGACGGCGAUAAGGAGAAUUCAGAAGAUGAUACCAUGAAUCCGGCAGGGCAUCUAAGUGUCAAUGCCAAAGAAUUUGUGCCGCGCUCCAAGAAGGAAGAGAGUUCCGAUGAUGAUGAUGAGUCUGCUGUGGAUUUGACCGAAAUAAAGAAACGCUUCGAGAUUCUGGAUGCGCAGAAAACGAAUGCUGCUGCUGCGAACAAAGUCGAUAUGGAUAAAAUUAAGAAAAUGUUCGAGGCCCUGGAUAAGGAUAAGUCGUCGGCUAUGGUGCUGCCAUGGAAAGGAUUUCCCAAGAGAUACGAGCGACCUUCUCUCAGUGCCCAGGUGGUGCUGAUCGAUGAUUCGGACUACGUGCUUGUACCUCGCAGCAAGGGAAAGAAAAAUUCACUGCAAGAGAAGCUAUUUCUGAAAAAUGCAGCCAAUUACAUGAAAGAUGAAGAUCAGAAGAAUAUGGAUCCACAUUCUUCCGAAGCCCCACCGCAAUGUCCGUACACCCAUGAGAAGUCAUUGCUUGCCAGGGAGAGGCGUUGCGAGCAGAAUAGAAAGGUGGCUCUGGAAGCCUUGAAAUUGGUCGAACAAAGACGCAUGAGGGCUCCUUUGGUUCCCUCUUCGGAUCCGGGCAAGGAGAAUGUCGGUGAGGCCCAGCCGGUUGUGCAUCUGUCUCGAUCGCCCAUUAGAUUUUCACUGGAGGAUCGUAUUAGGGUGGAUCGUCUGCGAGCCGCCAAGAAAGAGCGCAUCGAGUGUGCUCUUUUGAAAAUUUAUAAUGAGAAGAAGGUGGCGCAGUCGGUGCACUUGCUGCAGGAGCAGAGAAAGUGUGCAGUCAGCACACUAAAAGAGACCGAAAAUAUCCAGACUGGGGCUUCGGUGGCCACGGUGACCACCAAAAGAUUUAUACCCACCGCCAAGGAGUGGGACGAGCAACGUCGACUAAAGUUGGUGAAACCGGAAAAGAAUGACGUGAUCCCGGUGGCUCCUGAGAAACCAGUGGCCACGAUGACCGCCAAUAGAUAUAUACCCACCACCAAGGAAUGGGACGAAAAGCUUCGGGCCAAGCUCAAGGCUAAAACGGAGACCGUAAAGAAAAAUAUUCCAGCUAUAACCAAGUUGCCUUUGAAGGAAUCCAAUGGCGCCUAUGACACCACUUCGGUGUCUUUGGUGUUUGUGAAGAAGGUUUAUCCUGGCAUCACGGCCAAACCACCGUGCUCACAGCCAACUAAACAACUCGAGGCGGAGAAACGCAAAGGAAAUAUCUCUUAUUUUCAAACAAUUAUUAAUUGGACAAAUCGCAAGACCUUUAAAGCUCCGAAAAUGGCAAUCGUUAUCAAUCAGCAGAUGGAGAGUCAGCAAAAAGCAGCUCAACAGGAAGUUUGUCAACUGAAAAAAGCAAACGUGCAACGUUAUAGUAUUGAGGAAUUGCUGAAGUUGGAACCGCAACCCGAAGAUCUUGAAGAUCCUAAUAUCAAGGCGUUGUGUAGUCUUAAAAUCGUGCGCAAUUGAUCUAAUGACCAUUCACAACUCUUCACAACUUAUUAGACUUUUAUUUGUUUUGAUUUGUAUUCGAUGUGGUUCAGUUUCUGUUUCUAUUUCAAUUUU